GCUCUCUGACGUGUCAUUCAUUGAUGCUGACGGCAACCAGCACUCCAUAGAUUGCCGACAGCUAUUCAGAUUCCCAUUUUGGGAGAAGAAGGCAGCGAGAAAUGCGCCAAGUCCGUAGCCCCAAGCUCCGAUUACCGUCAGUCCCCGCCGGCGCCGAACAACUUUUUGGAGCCAACUUUCAGCAUUGAGAUUGCAAUUUGAUAUACAACUACUUGCGAAGCUUUAAUUGCUUGAGAGAUUCAGAUUUUGCUGGAUGCGAACUACUCGACCUAAGAUUGUAGGAGUACAGGUGCCAGUCUCUUUUGAUUGACACUAUGUCGGCUUGUUGCCGACUGAUGGCUUGCCGUGCCGUGUCAACAAUUGCAACCCAUCAUAUUUCAUCUCCACAAAUUCCCAUUCAUCUGUGCCAAUUGUCACGUUUCCCAACAAUUCAUCAACAUUAUAUACAGCGUAAGAUUGUUCUGACAUCGAGGCAAUGGGUGAUUGAGGCAGUAGGCAGUGGAGGAACUGGACCGGAUAUUGGAGCUGCUGAUGGUGAAAUACAUAAAAAUGGGAAGCGUUGUUGUUCUUAUCCAGUUGAGGAGGUGGAGAAGGGGAGUAAGGAAGAAGAAAAGUUUGCUAAUGAGAAAAAGGAUGGGAUGGUGAAAGUUGUGGUUGCAGCUGUAGCUACAGUGGUGCUGGGUGUAGGAAAUCGAGUUCUCUAUAAGCUUGCUUUGGUUCCUCUUAAGCAGUAUCCCUUCUUUUUAGCUCAAUUGGCCACUUUUGGGUAUGUGAUUGUAUACUUCUCUAUUUUGUUUCUCCGAUUUCGUGCUGGUAAAGUUACAGUCCAAAUGCUUGCUUUACCAAAAGCUCCUUAUCUCGCUGUUGGUUUGCUAGAGGCUCUUGGUGCUGUAUGUGGAAUGGCAGCUGGAGCUAUUCUUUCUGGGGCAGCCAUUCCCAUAUUAUCCCAGAGCUUUCUUGUCUGGCAACUUCUCUUGUCCUUCAUUUUUCUUGGUAGAAGAUAUAGAUUCAACCAAUUACUCGGGUGCUCUCUUGUAGCUGCUGGUGUGAUAAUAACUGUUGCAAGUGGAUCGAGUGCCGGUUCCUUGAUGGAAGCUGGUAUAUUUUGGAGCCUUUUGAUGAUUCUUUCUUUUUUGUUUCAAGCUGCUGAUACAGUCUUGAAGGAAAUAAUUUUUUUAGAAUCUGCUAAGAGGUUAAAGGGAGGAUCAGUGGAUCUCUUUGUUGUGAACUCCUUUGGAUCUGCAUUUCAGGCAGUUUUUAUUUGCCUUCUUCUCCCUUUCUUGUCGAAGUUAUGGGGUAUUCCAUUUGAUCAACUUCCAUUAUAUGUUAAAGAUGGUGCAGCCUGCUUUCUGAACAUUGGCACUGGAUUAGGUGGAUGUGAUGGUGCACCCCUACUGCCACUUCUCUUUGUCAUUGUCAACAUGGGUUACAAUGUAUCAUUAUUGCACCUCCUGAAGAUCUCAUCUGCAGUUGUAUCUUGUCUUGCAUCCACAGUUUCAGUGCCCAUAUCUGUGUUUCUGUUCACAUUGCCGCUGCCAUAUCUUGAUGCUGCAGCCUCCCUUCCACCUGGCUUUAUAGCAGGUGCUAUUACCCUUGUUGCGGGCAUGUUUAUUUAUUGUUGCAAGCCAUCUAUCCGUCCCACAAAAUGACAUCUUCGAUGACCCAAGAUAUAUUAUUAAAGCUUGGCGCAUUGGAAAGGUUCUUAGCAGUAGAGUAUGUUGUUAUACAACCACAUUAUUUACUUUCAUCGGCAAAGCGGUUGGCUCGAUUCUUGAACGCUUGGCCUAGGACAUCCAUUCAAAUUACUAAUUUUUUUUGCUGUGCUGCAGUUGUACGUCAUUUUCUUAUUUAAGCUUAACCUAUUGUGUCGUUGUGUUGGCAUUUGGUUUGUAGUUGUACGACGAAUGUGGGGAAAAUGAGCGUUUAUAAAGGGAUGCUUUUCCUUUUGCACUAUUAACAUUCUUGUUUAAUUGAUGAUGCCUCUUCAGUAACAUACCAUAUUGAAAUGA